GCUAGUGUUUCAUUAAUUAAGCUCGUAAUUAAUUAGUUCAUGGCUUUCUCCUGCAGCAGAAUAUUGCUCGGAAUGUUCCUGCUCUGCAGCAGCAGUGUGGUUGGAUACGUUCAUGCCCAGUUCCUGUCGCCUGACUUCUACAAUAGCAGCUGCCCGGGGCUGGUGAGUAUUGUGCAGGAAGAGAUGAGGAGCGCGGUGGCGGCGGAGAGCCGGAUGGGUGCGUCCGUUUUGCGACUCUUCUACCACGAUUGCUUCGUCAGCGGCUGUGACGCGUCGGUGCUUCUGGACGACACGCCGGCGUUCGCAGGCGAGAAGAACGCGAUUCCCAACGCUCAGUCGCUGCGCGGCUACGAAGUGAUCGACGGCAUCAAGGCGAAAGUGGAAGAGGCGUGCCCCGCCAUCGUCUCCUGCGCUGACAUCCUCGCCCUCGCGGCGAGGGAAGGCACCGUCCUGCUCGGAGGACCGAGUUGGAUGGUGCAGCUCGGCCGGCGUGACGCGACGACGGCGAGCCAGAGCGCGGCGAACAGAGAGCUCCCCUCGCCCUCUGCUACUCUCAAUGGCCUCAUCUCCCUUUUCGUCUCCAAGGGCUUCAGCGCGCAGGACAUGACCGCGCUCUCCGGGGCCCACACCCUCGGCUUUGCCCGCUGCGUCAACUUCCGGCCCCGCCUCUACGGCGACGCCGACGUGGAUCCGGCCUUCGCGGCCCAGCGCCGGCAGAGCUGCCCGGCCGCCAGCGGCUUCGGAGACGAUAACUGGGAGCCGCUGGACGCGCAGAGUCCGGCCGGGUUCGACAGCGCGUACUACCAGAACCUGAUGCUCCGGCAGGGGCUGCUGCGGUCCGACCAGGAGCUCUUCAACGGAGGCUCGCAGGACUCGGUGGUGACGAUGUACAGCAACAACGCGGCGGCGUUCAGGAACGACUUCGCGGCGGCGAUGGAGAAGAUGGCGGGGAUGAGCCCGAUGACGUGGCCGAGCGGGCAGAUCAGAUUAGACUGUAGGAGGGUCAACUGACAAUAAUAAUAAGUAUUAUUAUUAUUACAGUUAUUGUUAAAUCGCACGCCUUUGUUUAUAUGGCAAUAUAUUUUUGU